GAAACCUUCUCGUUUCAGGGAUGAUGCAGUGUGUGAUUGCAGUCACGGACAAAGUAUUCGAUGCCUUCCUGAACAUGAUGGCGGAUAAAGCCAAGACCAAGGAGAAUGAGGAGGAGCUGGAGCAGCACGCUCAGUUCCUGUUGGUGAACUUCAGCCACAUCCACAAGAGGAUAAGGAGGGUGGCAGACGAGUAUCUAUCUGGUCUGGUGGAUAAGUUUCCCCACUUGCUCUGGAGCGGGACUGUGCUAAAGACCAUGCUGGACAUCCUGCAGACCCUGUCUCUGUCACUGAGCGCUGAUAUUCACAAGGAUCAGCCUUACUAUGACAUCCCCGACGCCCCCUACCGGAUCACGGUUCCUGACACGUACGAAGCCCGUGAGAGCAUUGUGAAGGACUUCGCUGCACGCUGUGCGAUGAUCCUGCAGGAGGCCAUGAAGUGGGCGCCUACCGUCACCAAGUCCCACCUGCAGGAAUAUCUGAACAAACAUCAGAACUGGGUAUCGGGACUGUCCCAGCAAACGGGGCUGGCCAUGGCCACUGAGAGCAUCCUUCACUUUGCUGGCUACAACAAGCAGAACACAACUCUCGGGGCAACUCAGCUGACCGAGCGCCCGGCCUGUGUGAAGAAGGACUACUCCAACUUCAUGGCAUCCCUGAAUUUGCGCAACCGCUACGCAGGCGAGGUGUAUGGAAUGAUUCGGUUCUCAGGCACCACAGGCCAGAUGUCUGACCUGAACAAAAUGAUGGUCCAGGAUCUACAUUCAGCUUUAGACCGCAGUCAUCCUCAGCACUACACGCAGGCCAUGUUCAAGCUGACCACAAUGCUCAUUAGCAGUAAAGUCAGCAUGGAGUCCUGGGCACUCACCUAUUAG